AUGAGUCAAGAGUCACCAGCUCAACAGAUGUUUACAUCUGCAGAUCGCAUACGACAACUGAACGAUAUCGACAAGGAUAUUUCCCAGUUGCUUCAGUCGGCUGGGCUCGCCAUUCAAGCCCUCACGAACAACCAGCCCGACUCAAAUGGCUCAAUGAACGGAUCUCUCGAUUCCCACAAGGCCCAAUUCAAAGAGGCGGUCUCCAAAUACUUUGCGCUUCUGUCCUCCGUCGAUGUCCGGCUACGUCGACAAAUAUACGCUCUUGAGGAAGACUCCCUGGGUCAAGAAUUGGCCGGCAAGCCAGGUGACCCUAAUGGUGCCGGCGUCGGUGCCGCCGGGUCAAUAGGAGCCGGGUCUGGUGCCGUAAACCCCUUGGAUAUCAGUUGGUUGAACAGCAGGAAAGAUACCGUGGGGAUGGACAAAGAAGCCGAGCUGUGGGCUGCGGCAAGAGGUUUUGUGGAACACCUGGCCCGCGCGCCCAACGGAGACUCGCGCCCCAAGGAGAGUCUUGGGUCGGAUGAGAUGCAAGUUGAUUGA